AUACUGUAUGUACUUCAUGGUUUUCUCAACAUCCCUGGGGUUUUCUUUUUAUAAGUGGAAUCUCUUGGUAUAAUGAUAUAUAUUUCUGGUCCAGUCAACAUUGAAAUACAUGUGAAAUGAAUAUGUCAUCCAUUACUUAUAUCUUAUUUUUUUAGUAUGAUUGUGAUAUUACAUCAAGGUUCCACUGCAUUUUUUUUUUUUAGAAAAAAACUUCCUAGUAAAGCUGUGCCAUAGCAGGCCUCCAAAUAUUAGCGGGGCACGAUACAGAAACAAUAAUUUAAGAAAACAUUAGGGGUACCCUGCCCCACCCCUUGCUACAGUCCUGUAAAUCACUAGUCUCUCACAAUCCUUUGUUUUACCCCCUUUCCUUCUGUAUUUUUUUAAAAAUGAGUCAUAGUUGUUCUACUGGGUUGAUUAAAGCAGCUUAUAGAAGACACAAUAAAUUAUGGUGUGCAUUGUAUGUGUAUUUCACUUUCUUUUGUUGGAAAUAUCUGAUAGAAAUUACCAGUCUCCCUCGCCCCAGCCUUCUCCCAACCCUGGACAAGCAACUAACCCUCCCUCACGGGCUACCUGUGUUUUGGUCAGCGGUUCAUCCGAUGAAGAAGAAAAGAUGUCUCGGCUGUUUGUUGUUUUCAGCGUGCGGCAAUUUCGUCGACAAUACUCGAGUAGCAGGCUGAGUGAAAUCGGACGCUUUCAAGUUCCCAAAACCCAAGGAAAGUACGAAGGUGGCCAGCUUUUUCUUCAUAAGAUAUUUGGUUAUCGUGGAGUUGUUCUUUUCCCGUGGGUGGCAAGAGUUUAUGACAGAGACAGAGAGGCAAAGGAUGAUGAAAAGAAUUUUGAGGACAACUCUGGUUUCAACAAUAUAGGGAAAGAGUUAAAAGCAGAUUUACAGACAUAUUACCAGACUUUGAUAGACACAAGAGAUUCACCUUUCAUUAGAACACAACCAGAAAUUGUCACAUUUCUUGGGCAAGAAAGAGACAAUUCUCUGUACACAAUCCCAGGUUUGGACUACGUUAGUCAUGAAGACAUCCUACCAUAUAUUAUCAGUGAUCCGUUCACCAAGCCCAUCAACCAUGAGUUGUUUGAUAAAUUUCUCUCCCCCGAGCCAGGAAGAGUCCCGCCGUUUACCUGCAAGGACUCCCUACAAGCCUGGCAUGAGAAAAACCACAGAUGGUUAGAACUUACAGAUGUACACCGUGAGACCACCAACCAGAUCAGAGUAACAGUUAUGCCCUUCUUUAUGGGGGCUAAGACAACACAGCCAAGCGCAAACUAUUGGUGGAGAUAUUGCAUUCGUCUGGAGAACCUUGGCCCAGAAACAGUCCAGCUACGUGAGCGACACUGGCGAAUAUUUAGCCUCUCUGGCACUCUCGAAACGGUCAGGGGAAGGGGUGUGGUUGGACAGGAACCGGUGCUUUCACCUCAACAGCCUGCCUUCCAGUACAGCAGCCAUGUCUCAUUACAAGCGCCUAGUGGACACAUGUGGGGUACGUUUCGACUGGAAAGACCUGACGGCAGUACUUUUGACAUUAGAAUCCCGCCAUUUUCACUCGAAAGCAAAGAGGAAGAAACACCUCCGACCAACAUUAUCGCUUGAUCUCUCGCUAUGCAGGGAAUGGAGGAACAACACAAAGAAGAAGACUAAUGUUGAGCGCAAAAACAUUUGUGUGAAUCAUGAUAUUGUAUAUAUAGUGAUUUGUAGUGGAAGAGUAAAGAACUCAAGUUAGUAUUUCAUAAAUGGAAACGCUAAUACAAUAAAAUUCAUUUGUUGGAUAACUACUGUUCUUGGAGAAUAGUGAUACUAAAAGUUAUGUUCACUCCUCAAACAGCUCUGAGCAGCAAACGUUUCAAACUCGCGACCUAUGUCGCAUAUAAAUGCAUAUGAAUUUUCCCUUUAUCCUAGAAGUAUUUACAUAUGGAAUACUCGCCCACCACUGGCAUUGUUCGCUGCAACUCUAGAGGUUUUUUUUUAAGUUCCCGGCCGCGAUCAGGCCCCACUAGUAGCUAUAUGUACCAAGGCUGCUUUAUCAUCAUUUAUUUGUUGUAUUUUUUAUUAUUUAUUUCUUUAACAUCCUGUAUAGCCCAUAGACUCGAGGAUUAAUAAAUAUGAAUGUAUGAAUGAAAA